CACCACUGCUGGGCCAUGGCCUAUUACCAGGACCUGGCCUCCACUCCGGCUCCUGCAGACACACCUGGGGGUGCACCUGGGCCGCAGCCACAGGAAGGGGAGGAGCCCAGCAGGACCAGGCAGGAAGAGAGUCAUUAUUUUACAGCCACAGUCAGGCCAGGUAAGGAGGCGGAGCAGGCGGAGGUGGAGCUGGGGAAGCACUGGACGAACGCGGAGGUUCAGGCGCUGCUGCACACCUGGGCGGAGAGGCAGGAGGAGCUUCGCGGUGCGGUGCGGAAUAAGAGCAUCUUCCUGGAGAUGUCACGGCAGCUGCAGCAGCUGGGCGUGGAGCGCAGCUGGAAACAGUGCCGCACCAAGUACAAGAACCUCCGCUACGACUACAAGAGCGCCCGCAACUCACACGCCACCCCCAACUCAGACGCCAAGCACAUGAGGUUCUACAGCCAGGUGGAUGCCAUCGAGCAGGGCAGGGACCUGGGGAGCACCUGGAGAGGACCUGAGAGAGACCAGGCCACGCCCAUGAACCAGGGUGACACCACCCCUCUGGAUGGAAACUCUGACUGGCGCCCAGGGGGCGGGGCAGACAUGGGGAGGAACUGGCAGGACGAGGAGGUGCGAGCGCUGAUCGCCAUCUGGGGGGAGGAGCCUGUGCGGCAGCGGCUGGAGAGCGCGGCGCGGAACAGAGAUGUCUUCCAGCACAUCUCGCUGCGUCUGCGGCGGCUGGGCGUGGAGCGCGACUGGAAGCAGUGCCGCACCAAGUACAAGAACCUCAAAUACAUUUCCCGCUCGCUGCAGAGGACCCCGCCCAGCCACGCCCACCCCACCCCCAGCUUCUACAGGGAGGUGGAUGCCAUUCUGAGCAAAGGCACAAUGGCGCAAGCUCCACCCACUCACCUGCCAAAGGGGGAGCCAGAGCAGCGAUCCACACCUAUCACCUGCACAGAGAACAGUGACUCCGGCACAGAGAGAACAAAGGAGAGCAGAGGGCUGAAGAGAGAGGCUUCAGAUGGAGAGUGGAGUGUGCCCUCCAAACGAGUUUUACACAAACAGGACGAAGAAGAUACAAGUGUGAGCUGUUCUGCACCAGAAACCAUGCAUUUCCAGGGUAAAGAAGAACCAGGUCAAUACAUUCCAAUAGUCCAGAUAAACUCUGUGCAUUCCACAGAUCCUCCUGGCCCACAGGCACAGAAACAGGAACACAUACCUUCAACUGGAAUGGCGUCUGCACCAGACCUGAAGAUUGGUAAGAAACUGAACGAGGGGAAGACUAAAGAGAUCUACGAGCUCUCGGACCAGCCUGGUCACGUGCUGGUGCAGUCCAAGGACCAAAUCACCGCUGGAAAUGCUGUGCGCAAAGAUCAAAUGGAGGGGAAAGCUGCUAUUGCCAACAGGACCACCAGCUGUGUGUUCAGGCUGCUCCAGGAUGCUGGGAUAAAGACUGCCUUUGUAAAGCAGCACUCAGACACCGCGUUUGUGGCGGCUCAUUGUGAGAUGAUCCCUAUCGAGUGGGUGUGCAGGAGAGUGGCAACUGGGUCCUUCCUGAAGAGGAACCCUGGAGUGAAGGAGGGGUACAGGUUCUCCCCACCCAAGAUUGAGAUGUUCUUUAAGGAUGAUGCCAACAACGACCCCCAGUGGUCAGAGGAGCAGCUGCUGGAGGCUCAGUUCUGCUUGGCGGGGCUGAGUAUCGGCCGCUGUGAGGUGGACAUCAUGAGCCACAGCACACUUGCCAUCUUUGAGAUUCUGGAGAGAGCGUGGGCUACGCAGAACUGCACCCUGGUGGACAUGAAGAUUGAGUUUGGAGUGAACGUGGUGACAAAGGAGGUGGUCCUGGCCGAUGUGAUUGAUAAUGACUCGUGGAGGCUGUGGCCUGCAGGCGACCGCAGCCAGCAGAAAGAUAAGCAGGUGUACAGGGAUCUGAAGGAGGUCACACCUGAGGCCAUGCAGAUCGUGAAGCGCAAUUUCGAAUGGGUAUCGGAGAGAGUGGAGUUGCUGUUGGAGCCGCAAGCCCGCGGCAGGGUGCUGGUUCUGAUGGGCUCUGUGUCGGACCUGGCUCACUGUGAGAGGAUCCGCUCAGCCUGCGCUGCGUAUGGAGUGCCCUGCAGCCUGAGGGUCAGCUCCGCCCACAAGGGCCCCGACGAGACCCUGCGCAUCAAGGCCCAGUAUGAAGGUGACGGCGUCCCGACUGUGUUUGUGGCAGUUGCCGGGCGGAGUAAUGGACUUGGGCCGGUGAUGUCAGGCAACACUGUGUACCCCGUCAUUAACUGCCCCCCCCUUACCCCUGACUGGGGGGCCCAGGACGUGUGGUCUUCCCUGCGUAUGCCGAGUGGUCUGGGCUGCUCCACUGUUCUCUCCCCAGAUGCUGCUGCGCAGUUUGCUGCACAGGUGUUGGGGCUCACUGAUCACCUGGUUUGGUCCAAGCUGCGAGCCUCUAUGCUCAACACCUGGAUCUCCCUCAAACAUGCUGACCAGAAGCUCCAGGGCUCCAGUCUGUGAAAGGGCCAGUUUUUUAAAUAGUAUUUCAGGUUUACUGUGUUUUUGACUGGCCUCGACAACGGUUUUUUUUUUUUUUUUUUUUGUGCUUUUCUGGCCAUUUUAGAUCCAGAAGUUUCUCAUGCUGGCUUUAUAAUGGCUGGAGCAGUAUUGGAUUUGCGGUUUAUAGCAGGAAAAUGCGCUCUAGUAACUCCAAAGCAACUUGCAUGGGAACAUUAUGUCUCCGGAGGUCGUACAUCUGUUUAGUACCUGAUCACUUUUCAAAAAAUUACAUCUUACCUUAUUUUUGGCCACUGUUUAAAGAAAGAAGUACGAUCACUGUAUAAAACAUCUUUGACCUGUUUAUAUGUGCAGCCUAAUGGCCUUUGCAAACACACAGUAACCUGUUUAACUAAAAUGCCUCUAAACAUGAUGUUUCUGGGAAUUUCUGCAAAAACAUUUCACACAAAAAUGGUCAGGGCUGACCUAAACCUUACAUUGCCCUGAAUCAAUAUUUGAAAAACUAUCCCUUUUAAACCAAAAGUGAACGAUCCUGAACUGUCAUUCAGCUGUCAUGUAACUCCAGUACAUGAAUGAUCCCUUUAAAUGAAUGGUGUUGGCACUACAGUACAUUCCCUGAAAUAAAGCAUUUUUCACAUGUGAUAAA